GGGGGACGCGGCUGGAGAUGCUCUUAAAGAAAACAAGGAUAACUCCUUCAAAACAAAAACAAGGAUAACAAACAUCAUGUCUGUGUUUCAGUGAUCUGGCGACCUUAUCCAAAGUCAGUCUAUGAGCCAAGCUAGGGCGCAUGUUAAUCCGCCGAGGAGUAGACCACAAAUGCAACUUGCUUUGUGCUCUGUCUUUUCCUACAGUUAACUUCAGGCUGUCGAUUACAGGACUUGACUUUUGGAGCCAUGAAUUAGGUACACUCUCCAAGCUGGGUAAAACAUAAUUACUCAGCUAGUGGAUGCCCAACAGCUUGCGAUUCGUGUAGGAUUGGAGCAUUACGUGACGUUUUGUAUUCUUAUCUGGAAAGGAGUACGUAGUACCUUGUUUACCACGGGGCCCUCUGGAAAUUUGGAUAGACUGGUCACCGGUUCACGGAUGAACAACAAAAGUCUCUGGCCUGGGCCAAUCACUCCCAUGAAUUCCUUUUCCUUGCGGUUGGAGCAUCUGUCGCUUUUGGGUUUGGUCACCAUCUGACGGCACCGCCACAAACAAACGUGCGAUUGCGUGGAUUCCCCUGCCCUCUCGUUACUUGUCUUGCUCUAGCCGGAUUGAUCGUCCGUCCCACGGCGAUUUCAUGAACUACCUUGGAUACUGAUUGAUUGCCCCGUGAAUCGUCGAAGGUGCAGGAUCAAGAUGAAUCAGGCUAGCACGACAGGCGCGAGUGAUCCGUCGAAGAGAGCGAGCGGGGACUGCUUCGACUGCAACAUCUGCCUGGACUUCGCCGUGGAGCCGGUGGUCACCCGCUGCGGCCAUCUCUACUGCUGGCCCUGCAUCUACGAGUGGCUGCGCCGCAACGGCGACGAGGGGCACGCCGGGGUCUCGACAGGGCGGCCGUGCCCCGUGUGCAAAGGACCGCUCACGCUGGACUCGCUGGUGCCGCUCUACGGCCGCGGCAGCAGCCGCUCCGAUAAGCCGCUGCCUCACCCGGCCAUUCCGCGCCGGCCGGCCGUGCACCGGGAGGCCGUCGGGGAGCAGAUCGGCGGUGGCAGUGGCCUUCAGCACGUGAGCACGGAUCCCGAUUGGCUCACUCGUUCACCCGGUCAAGCGCAUCACCACCAUGCCGAUGCCGCGCGGUUCGACGUCCUAUACCCUCCUCCACGUCUCGGAGGCGGCGUGAACGUGAUGCACUCGACGUCCGGAGGGGUCCUUGGAGGGAUGGCAAUGGCGGUGCUGCCCUUGGUGUUCCGCGGGCAGGAGCCGGCGUCGAGUGAGCACUACUCCAGCCCAUACAAUCCGGCCGCCCUGCAAUACAUGAGCCCUAGGCUGAGACGGCAGCACAUGGAGGUGGAGCGGUCUCUGCAUCAGCUAUUGUUCUUCCUCUUUGUGUUCGUAGUGCUAUGUCUGCUCUUGUUCUGAUCUCUGAAGCCGAUAUUUUGCAACUUCUAUAGAUAUAGCAUCUGGUAUACAUAGCGUGUGUUGUACAGAUAGUAAAAGAGGCUAGCGGUAAACAAGAUUCCGGCCUAUGUUGACAAGAAUUCAGCAAGAACUCAUGAAAAGUCUCGGACGUGCCUCGUUACCAAGAGCAUCUUCAACGCCGGUCUGCAAAUGGAUAGACUGCGGGCUGGCCCGUUUCGACGUGUUUCGACCGAAAUUUGGAUUGCAUUUGCUCGAACGGACAACCUGUAUGUCCUGUUGUGUGGC